AAUAUAAAGCCUACCCUUUUCGUAAACUCCCGUUGGAGUUGGAAACCCUUACGAUGGCAAAGAACCGGAACAGGAAGAAGCUAAAGUCCUCAGCCAUGGAAAUCUCCAUUGACACUCCGGCUGGUCGUACUCAAGCUAUGAAAGCCUCGGAGGCUAUUCCCUCAAACCCGUCCCUCGCUGUUAUCAAUAGAAGCAUCAAGAAGUCUAGAGCUGCGACAAGAUCAAAAAAACUCCGGAAGCAAAAGGCUAUAGAAAGGGCCAUAUGCAAGGCUGAAAAGACGGAGGAGAAGGCUUGCAAAAUAAAAAACAAAGUGCUUAGGGUUCAAUCCGCCAAGUCACUGUAUGACUAGACCAUUCCUCAUUUUGUAUGCAACACAGCAUUCUACUUGUGCGUUUGGAUUGAACUUUGCUUUUAAUUAUAUUUUUGCUCUUGA